AUGGCAUCAUCGGUGCUCGUAGCGAAACGAUACAUGCAGAACACUUUUCCAUGGAUUCAGUAUCCACUGAUCGUGUCAGCGCCGAUGUUGGGAGCUGCCACCCCUGCUCUCGCGAGAAAUGUAAGCAGGGCAGGGGGUAUAGGAUUUAUUGCAGGAGGGAAUAACGGGCCAGACCUUGAUCGAAAUCUUACCAUCACCAGUUCAUUGUUCGCAGCUGAUGCCCAUCAAAUCACCGGUCUUCAAAACUCUGAUCGCCUUCCCAUUGGCAUUGGUUUUCAGAAUUGGGACUGCAAAAUUAAUGUUGCACUUGAAGCUACCAAGAAACAUAAACCGUCUGCAAUAUGGCUUUAUGCACCGAAAAGAACUGAAGAUCUGAGAGAAUGGGCCGUAGAACUCAGAUCUAUCGGCGAUGGCAAAAUUUCGAUCUGGGUACAAGUUGGGACAGUCAGAGAGGCAUUAGAUGUUAUGGAAAUCGUAAGGCCUGACGUUCUGGUCAUCCAAGGAACCGAUGCUGGCGGCCAUGGACUGGCUCGAUCGGCCAGUAUUAUUUCGUUACUUCCAGAAGUUGCGGAUGCACUUGGAGAUAAGGACCCGGCACUCAAAGGCAUACCACUACUCGCAGCCGGAGGAAUCAUGGAUGGGCGAGGAGUUGCUGCUGCGUUAUGUCUGGGUGCGACUGGAGCAGUUAUGGGUACUAGAUUCCUUGCGGCUGAAGAAGCAGGCAUUCCUCGAGGUUGGCAAAGAGAACUUUUGAAAGCUUCUGAUGGAGGUGUUAGCACCGUAAGGUCUACCUUAUGCGAUCGAUUGAAGAAAACGAUCGGAUGGCCACCACAAUAUGACGGUCGUGCGUUACUCAAUAAGGGUCAUGAGGAUGAGAAGGCUGGAAUGACAGAUGAAGAGAACGUUCGCUUAUACAGAGAGGAGUUGACAAAAGGCGACGAGGCUUGGGGCGCUAAUGGUAGAUUGAUCGCAUAUUCAGGAACUGGGGUUGGACUGAUAAAGAACGUAAUGUCUGCUGGGAAGAUUGUCGAAGAAACAGCGGAAGGAGUAUUAAAAAUUAUGUCGACAGAGAACGAACAUCAUGUUCGAGGUACUGUGCAUCGCAUUACCUAG